CCUCCCCUCCCCACCCAAUCCCCCUCCCACCACCACCCACCUACCCAAAUCCCAGCCGCCCUAAAACCCUAGGCCGCCAAACCCGCCGCCGCCGCCGCCGCAAUGCAGGCCGCCGCAGCCGUCCACCGGCCGCACCUCCUCGCGGCGUCCCCGCUCGGGGGCCGCGCCAGCCGCCGGCCCUCCACGGUCCGCAUGGCGCUCCGCGAGGACGGGCCCUCCGUGGCCAUCGUGGGCGCCACCGGCGCGGUGGGGCAGGAGUUCCUCCGCGUCAUCACCGCCCGCGACUUCCCCUACCGCAGCCUGCGCCUCCUCGCCAGCGAGCGCUCCGCGGGCAAGCGCAUCGACUUCGAGGGCCGGGACUACACCGUCCAGGACCUCGCGGCGCCGGGGGCCUUCGACGGGGUCGACAUCGCGCUCUUCAGCGCUGGCGGGAGCAUCAGCCGCGCCCACGCCCCCGCCGCCGUCGCCAGCGGCGCCGUCGUCGUGGAUAACAGCUCCGCCUACCGGAUGGACCCCGACGUGCCGCUCGUCAUCCCGGAGGUUAACCCCGAGGCCAUGGCCGACGUCCGGCUCGGGAAAGGGGCUAUUGUGGCCAACCCCAACUGUUCCACCAUCAUCUGCCUCAUGGCUGUCACGCCGCUGCAUCGCCACGCCAAGGUGAAAAGGAUGGUUGUCAGCACAUACCAAGCAGCAAGUGGUGCUGGUGCUGCAGCCAUGGAAGAACUCAAACUUCAGACUCGAGAGGUCUUGGAAGGAAAGCCACCAACCUGUAACAUUUUCAGUCAACAGUAUGCUUUUAAUAUAUUUUCGCAUAAUGCACCUAUUGUUGAAAAUGGCUAUAAUGAGGAAGAGAUGAAAAUGGUGAAGGAGACCAGAAAAAUCUGGAAUGACAAGGAUGUAAGAGUAACUGCAACUUGUAUACGGGUUCCUACGAUGCGCGCGCAUGCCGAAAGCGUGAAUCUACAGUUUGAAAAGCCACUUGAUGAGGACACUGCCAGAGAAAUCUUGAGGGCAGCUCCUGGUGUUACCAUUAGUGACGACCGUGCUGCCAACCGCUUCCCUACACCACUGGAGGUAUCGGAUAAAGAUGACGUAUCAGUUGGUAGGAUUCGCCAGGACUUGUCACAAGAUGAUAACAGAGGGUUGGAGUUAUUUGUCUGUGGAGACCAGAUACGUAAAGGCGCCGCGCUGAACGCUGUGCAGAUUGCUGAAAUGCUACUGAAGUGACCGCCUUUUUACCAUUGUCUCAUGUGCCACGUUGCUCUAUCCAUUGAUGGAUUGAUGUACUCUAGUCACUUUCAACCCAGUUUUGGUCGUCUGUCUUUUUUGUAAUCUGUCAACCUAGCAGAAGUGUAAGACGGGCUUUAGUCAUCUGUUGCACACAAAAGUGCAGCCACAAGUUUAGAAAAGGAGGGUUUUCACUUGUUCGGAUUUUGCCUUAGGUUGGUCUUUGUUGCAAGUUUGUCGUUUGUUUCUUGAAAGCUGGUCUGCUGUAACUUUACCCCCAAAGCCCUCGAGAUAACGAGGCCUCCUGUGGGGACCUAUAUGAAGGGCAACGUGUGUACCAUGCAACAAAUCGUUGGGCUAAAUGCUGUAACUUUUGAGGUGCAAAACCAAGGUCCGCUGUAACCUUUGCCCUGAAAGCCCCGAAAUAAAGAGGCGCCUUGUGAAAUCUAUA